AUCGUCUAGGAACGAGCGUGAUGUGUUACUGGUCCCGUGCUGUGAUGUAUGUGUGCCUCUCUCCAGAGCAGAGUCAGAGGCCGCUCCCUCCCGCCGCGUCGCAACACAAUAACAACAACCAACCGAUGGACCCACAGAGACCCAAUCAAUAUCUCUCCUCUCGCUUCCUCCGCCGAAAGCUAGCAGCAGCAGUAGUAUAGGGCACACCCUGCUCCCGUCCCGCUCUCGCUGUGUGGUGUGUGCAACACACGCUGGUUGGUGGGACUCCCUCUCUCUCCAGAGAAAAAAAGGCGAAAAAAAGGCCGGCAGCGUUGAACAACAACAAACAACGGAAACAACAACAACAACAUCAUCAGCGAUGAACCCCAGACCAACCAAACGUUCCCCGCUUCCUCCGCCGUCGCUAACAGCAGUAUGUGUGUGUGUCCCGCCCCCCUUGUCCAUGUUCCCUGUCUCUGUGUAGUGCGUGUCUUGCCAGUAGCAGCAGCAGUGUGUGCAGCACGGCAGUGCGUCGUGGUUUCUUGCGUGCGUGUAGUUUGUUGCCCAAUGAAAAACAAAAAUGACGGCGCAUCCCGGGGAUGCGUCCAUGUGACGUAUAUAAUUGCUAGCUAAUAUUUGCACAAACAGUGUGCUAUCUCGAGACACCGACCACGGAUUGCAAAGGUAGCGGUUGGGACAGCUCGGGCAAAAUAUUACUUGUUGUGCGCAAGUUUUAGUUUGCAAUUUGGUGCCGAGAUGGUGAAAUGGGCUCGAGUCUGCUGGGUAUUUAGGGCGCGCAGACAGACAGACAGCC